UCAUUUAUCAACCUUUACAAAAUACUUCCGGGUUUGAAAUAAUCUACGUAUUGAGAAAAAAAGCUUGUUUCGGGUAGUUGGAUUAUAAAUAAGAGUUCUAAACACAGGUGUGGAAAUAGAAAUACAAUCGACGGAAGACAUUCCGAAAUGCAUGAAUUAACAGAAUUAAAGAACGGUUCCAUCUUGGUCAUCCCAUCCUGCGUGUACCGUUUGUUAGCUCAUAAUGAAAAACCAACAGAAACUCUUACGGCUUGUGAUCCAUCUGCAAACGUGACGGUGUUUGGGCACGUGCGGGGGACAGCGAAAAAAACACAGUUUAUUUCCACUUCAGCCAGUCUGAAAGCUUGCCAAUUGUUCUUAAAAAAGGCAAUAGCAAAGAAAAAUCGAAAGUACAUUAUCGUUGAAAUUAACCUGGAAAUGCUACGCAAAAUGAGAAAAGACCUAAAUAUCAUUGAUCUUACAGACAAUGCUGCUUUGAAUAAGCAUAUUCCAGCUAAUCCCAACAGUCCUAAAAGAGGAUUUAUGUACAAUGCAAGAAAAUGGGCAACGGAUACUAAAGAGAUAUUAUUACAUGUGUGCAAAAUUCCGUCUAAGUGUAUGAAGGUAGUGUGUGUUACACACGAUUCACAUAGUAUGAAUACUGUGUAUGACCGGGUCGAAUCGGAUGAUGAAAGCGACUCUGAAAAUUGCAGCUCUGCAAGGAAAAGAGUUUUAAAAAAGGGAGACAAAAACAUGAAAAAGGGAAAAAAAGAACAGGAAGAAGAAGAUGAUGGUGAUGAAAAAGAUAGUGAUGAGAGCGACGGAACUUCUGACACUGAUGACGAAGAAGAAGAGGAAGAGAGCGAAAGGGAAACUAAACCGAAAAGGGUGACACAGAGAAGCCCGAAUGAUGCUGGCCGAGCAGCAGACCGUACAAGGGGCAUUAAUAAAAGUACACGAUCAUGCAAGUCGGAGCAGACAAGAGAAAAGCACGAGAAGACAAAGGCAAAACAGGCUGCUAAUGGAGGCCGGAUCACAAAAGCUAACAAAAAAAGUACUGAUGGCGAAGAAGAAGAAGAGGAGGAGGAAAGCGAAAACGAAAAACAUGUGGAACAAAGGAAAGCAGAUCCUAAAAGGAAAAAAAACAGCACCUAUGACUUCUAGAAAAAUAAAAAAAGAACAGGAAGAGGAAAGUGAUGGAGAUGAAGAAGCUAGUGUUGAAAACGAUGGAACUACUGGUAAGACUUUUGAACUUCCUUAACAAUGGUAGGAUAUAAAACAGAACGUGUGUUUAAUUAAUUGUAUGUUGUUAUUUUUGUAUAACGUAUUCACAAAUAGGUAUUAAACAUUCUUGCUGAAGGUCCUUCUGGUGCGCGUUUACACCAGAAACGUGUUACGUUGUAAAAUAGAUUAAAAACUCGGUAAUUAUAAAAAAAAGUAAGUCGAUGAGAUUAUCUUUAGAAAAGUACUGUAUCCGAAAUAAUAAAAUGGCAACAUUUAGUCGUAGUAUAAAGUAAGAAGAACUCAUUUAAUAUAUCAAGCUAGUUUAACACCCCUUUAAAUCAUAAUAAACAAUAACUUGGUCAUUAUCAAAUCGGACUCGUUUUUUCUGGUCGGUCAAGGUAGGUUAAUGCAACAUUUCGGUAGUUUGGCUCUAGCCACUAGCCUGUCUCAUUGGAUGUUGAAAUGGUAGAGAUCAACGUUGCUGAGAAGUCUUUUUGGUCUUGGUGAAAAAUACCUGUUUUCACAUCUUCUACGGUUAUCAGAAGGUAGCCUAGCGUAAAUGAUAAUGCUUUGCCAGGUUUCGUUUACAUUGGGAGAAUAUUUAUUAGGUGGAAUUGUAAAGUUUGAAGGCGAGUUGUUCACAUCACUGGAGUCAAAAUGAUCAUCCAAUUAUUAUGUAAGCUACUUACCAUGCUCUUCGUGGAUUGGAGCGGGUGUUGUUGACAAAAAGUGGUGAAAUAGUUCUUCGACUGUAGCACAGAAUUUUUCAAGGGAUAUAGAACAUAAGACAGCGUAACGAAAUGUUACACGUCCAAAGGUUGUGCGUCUAUGCUUCAGUAGAGGUAGUUGAUGGUGACCAUAUACAAGCUGGCUACAUUAGCUACAGUGCCAAGGGAUGUAUUGAGUGGCAAGUACUGGUAAGGUUGUGUGAGCUAGCUACGGGCAGACACUUAGAUCCAGUGAGUAUAUGUGACAGCGGGUAGAAUUUGUAGAGGCAGUUAGGUGAGUUGGCUUGGAUCUAUUAUGUUGUGAUGAUUCGAGGUGAACCGAGAUUUUUUUAUUUAAACUACAGGAAAUAGAAACAACAAUCAAUUUGGUGGUUUUACAUAUUAAUUGGUUUAUUGAUGAUUUUUUUUUUAA